GCGGUGGCGGCGCGUAGAGGGGGGAGCAGUGUGGGCCACGGGGGCGCGUCCACGUGGCUGGCGGGAGGAUACCUAGAGCCGGCGGCGGCGGAGGGACAGGCCUGUCCACAGUGGCUGCUGGCCAUGCUCCCUCUGUGCCUUGUCCCGCUGCUCCUUCUCCCAGUGGCAGGGGUUGUGGGUGGAGGCAGGCCCUUCCGUGCUUUUGUGGUAACAGACACCACGCUCACCCACCUGGCUGUGCACCGAGUGACUGGGGAAGUGUUCGUGGGUGCAGUGAACCGAGUUUUCAAGCUGGCCCCCAACCUGACUGAACUGCGGGCCCAUGUGACAGGGCCCGUGGAUGACAAUGCUCGUUGCUACCCACCCCCGAGCAUGCGCGUGUGUGCCCACCGCCUGGCACCUGUGGACAACGUGAACAAGUUACUGCUCAUAGACUACGCGGCCCGUCGCCUGGUGGCCUGUGGCAGCAUCUGGCAGGGUAUCUGCCAGUUCCUGCGCCUGGAUGACCUCUUUAAGCUGGGGGAGCCGCACCACCGGAAGGAGCACUACCUGUCAGGGGCACAGGAGCCAGACUCCAUGGCUGGGGUCAUUGUGGAGCAGGGCCAGGGGCCCAGCAAGCUGUUCGUGGGCACUGCUGUGGACGGCAAAUCAGAGUACUUCCCCACCUUGAGCUCACGCAAGCUCAUUGGGGAUGAGGACAGCAGCGAUAUGUUCAGUCUGGUGUACCAGGACGAGUUCGUGUCCUCGCAGAUCAAGAUCCCCUCUGACACGCUGUCACUCUACCCUGCCUUUGACAUCUACUACAUCUAUGGCUUCGUGAGUGCCUCCUUUGUGUACUUCCUCACACUGCAGCUGGAUACCCAGCAGACACUUCUGGACACAGCAGGCGAGAAGUUCUUCACCUCCAAGAUUGUGCGCAUGUGUACAGGGGACUCAGAAUUCUACUCAUACGUGGAAUUCCCCAUCGGCUGCUCCUGGCGUGGCGUGGAGUACCGCUUGGUACAGAGUGCCCACCUGGCCAAACCCGGCGUGCUGCUGGCCCAGGCGCUGGGUGUGCCAGCCGAUGAGGACGUCCUCUUCACCAUCUUCUCCCAGGGCCAAAAGAACCGGGCCAGCCCGCCUCGGCAGACCAUCCUCUGCCUCUUUACACUCAGCAACAUCAACGCGCACAUCCGGCGCCGCAUCCAGUCCUGUUACCGCGGGGAGGGCACGCUGGCCCUGCCCUGGCUCCUGAACAAGGAACUGCCUUGCAUCAACACUCCCAUGCAGAUCAAUGGGAACUUCUGCGGGCUGGUCCUGAAUCAACCCCUAGGUGGCCUGCACGUGAUCGAGGGGCUGCCCCUGCUGGCUGACAGCACCGAUGGCAUGGCCAGCGUGGCCGCCUACACGUACCACCAGCACUCUGUGGUGUUCAUUGGCACACGUAGCGGCAGUCUAAAGAAGGUGCGGGUUGAUGGAUCCCAGGAUGCCCACCUGUAUGAGACGGUCCCUGUUGUGGAUGGCAGCCCCAUCCUUCGAGAUCUGCUCUUCAGCCCUGACCACCGGCACAUCUACCUCCUAAGUGAGAAGCAGGUGAGCCGGCUCCCUGUGGAGACCUGUGAGCAGCACCUGAGCUGCACGACGUGCCUGGGCUCAGGAGAUCCGCACUGUGGCUGGUGUGUGCUGCAGCAUAGGUGCUGCCGGGAAGGAGCCUGUCCAGGUGCCUCUGCCCCUCACGGCUUUGCCACAGAGCUGAGCAAGUGUGUCCAGGUGCGAGUCCGGCCCAACAAUGUGUCAGUGACAUCACCUGGGGUGCAGCUCACCGUAGCCCUCCACAACGUGCCAGACCUCAGCGCGGGAGUGAGCUGUGCCUUUGGUGAGGGGACAGAGAACGAGGCCAUCCUGCUGGCAUCAGGGGAGCUGCGCUGCCCUUCGCCCUCCCUCCAGGAGCUGCAGGCCCUCACCAGAGGCCACGGGGCUACACGCACUGUGCGGCUGCAGCUGCUUGCCAAGGAGACCGGCGUGAAGUUUGCCAGUGCUGACUUUGUCUUCUACAACUGCAGUGUCCUCCAGUCGUGCAUGUCUUGUGUGGGCAGCUCCUACCCCUGCCACUGGUGUAAGUACCGCCACGUGUGUACCAGCCAUCCUCACGAGUGCUCCUUCCAGGAGGGCAGGGUCCACAGCCCUGAGGGCUGCCCUGAGCUCCUUCCUCGUGGGGACCUCCUGAUCCCUGUGGGCGUCAUGCAGCCCCUCACCCUGCGAGCAAAGAACCUGCCACAGCCGCAGUCUGGCCAGAAGAACUACGAGUGUGUGGUACGGGUGCAGGGUCGGCAGCAGCGGGUGCCUGCUGUGCGCUUCAAUAGCAGCAGUGUGCAAUGCCAGAAUGCCUCGUACUCCUAUGAAGGUGACGAGUAUGGCGACACUGAGCUGGACUUCUCUGUGGUCUGGGAUGGGGAUUUCCCCAUCGACAAGCCUUCCAGCUUCCGAGCCCUUCUGUACAAGUGCUGGGCGCAGCGGCCCAGCUGUGGCCUCUGUCUCAAAGCUGACCCUCGCUUCAACUGUGGCUGGUGCGUCUCGGAGCACAGGUGCCAGCUGCGGGCACAUUGCCCAACCCCUAAAAUCAACUGGAUGCAUCCGAGCCAGAAGGGCACCCGGUGCAGCCACCCCCGCAUCAACCAGAUCUACCCGCUCAUGGGGCCCAAGGAGGGGGGCACCCGGGUCACCAUUGUGGGUGAGAACUUGGGCCUCGCUUCACGGGAGGUCAGCCUGCGGGUGGCUGGCGUGCGCUGCAACUCCAUCCCCACCGAGUAUGUCAGCGCUGAGAGGAUCGUCUGUGAAAUGGAGGAGUCGCUGGUGCCCAGCCCACCACCAGGGCCUGCGGAGCUCUGUGUUGGCGAUUGUUCUGCUGACUUCCGCGCACAGUCUGAGCAGUUGUACAGCUUUGUGACCCCAGUCUUUGACCGAGUGAGUCCCAUUCGGGGCCCAGCCUCAGGUGGCACACGGCUCACCAUUUCUGGCCACUCUCUGGAUGCUGGCAGCAGUGUCACAGUGACUGUGAGAGAUGGCGAAUGCCGAUUUGUCAGGAGAGAUGCUGAAGCGAUCGUGUGUAUCUCCCCCGUCUCCACUCUGGGCCCCAGCCAGGCCCCCAUCACCCUCACCAUUGACCAUGCCAACAUCUCUAGCCCUGGGGUCAUCUACACCUACACUCAGGACCCUACCGUUACACGCCUGGAGCCCACCUGGAGUAUCAUCAAUGGAAGCACAGCCAUCACUGUGAGUGGGACCCACCUGCUGACCAUCCAGGAGCCCCGGGUCCGGGCCAAGUACCGUGGUAUUGAGACCACCAAUACAUGCCACGUGAUCAAUGAUACGGCCAUGCUGUGUAAGGCUCCUGGUAUCUUCCUUGGGCGGCCUCAGCCUCGGGCACAGGGCGAGCAUCCGGAUGAGUUUGGCUUCCUGCUGGACCACGUGCAGACAGCCCGCUCCCUCAACCGCUCCUCCUUUACCUACUACCCUGACCCCAGCUUUGAGCCUCUUGGGCCUGCUGGGGUCCUUGACGUCAAGCCUGGAUCCCACGUUGUGCUGAAGGGUAAGAACCUGAUUCCUGCAGCAGCCGGCAGCUCCCGCCUCAACUACACGGUGCUGAUCGGGGGCCAGCCAUGUGCCCUCACAGUGUCUGACACACAGUUGUUGUGUGACUCGCCCCACCAGACGGGUCGCCAGCCUGUUAUGGUCCUGGUGGGUGGCCUGGAGUUCUGGCUGGGCACCCUGCACAUCACACCUGAGCGGGCGCUAACCCUGCCGGCUCUGGUGGGCCUCGCGGUUGGUGGUGGGCUCCUGCUCGUGGCCAUCACCGCUGUGCUGGUCGCCUACAAACGCAAGACCCAGGACGCGGACCGCACGCUCAAGCGGCUGCAGUUGCAGAUGGACAACCUGGAGUCCCGCGUAGCACUGGAGUGCAAAGAAGCCUUUGCGGAGCUGCAGACAGACAUCCAUGAACUGACGAACCACAUGGAUGGCGUGCAAAUCCCCUUCCUGGACUACCGGACCUAUGCCGUGCGAGUGCUCUUUCCGGGCAUCGAGGCCCACCCAGUACUCAAGGAGCUAGAUACCCCGCCCAACAUGGAGAAGGCCCUGCGUCUCUUCGGGCAGCUGCUCCACAGCCGGGCCUUUGUGCUCACCUUCAUCCACACGCUGGAGGCUCAGAGCAGCUUCUCCAUGCGUGACCGUGGCACUGUGGCAUCACUUACCAUGGUGGCACUACAGAGUCGGCUUGACUAUGCCACCGGGCUGCUCAAGCAGCUAUUGGCUGACCUCAUAGAGAAGAACCUGGAGAGCAAGAACCAUCCGAAGCUGCUGCUGCGCAGGACUGAGUCGGUGGCCGAGAAGAUGCUUACCAACUGGUUCACACUCCUGCUGCACAAAUUCCUGAAGGAGUGCGCGGGGGAGCCCCUCUUCCUGCUGUACUGCGCCAUCAAGCAGCAGAUGGAGAAGGGCCCCAUUGAUGCCAUCACGGGUGAGGCCCGCUACUCCCUGAGCGAGGACAAGCUCAUCCGGCAGCAGAUCGACUACAGGACGCUGACGCUGCACUGUGUGUGCCCAGAGAGUGAGGGCAGCAGCCAGGUUCCUGUGAAGGUGCUCAACUGUGACAGUGUUACCCAGGCCAAAGACAAGCUGCUGGAUGCCGUGUACAAGGGCAUCCCCUACUCGCAGCGCCCCAAAGCUGAAGACAUGGACCUGGAGUGGCGCCAGGGCCGCAUGGCUCGCAUCAUUCUCCAAGAUGAGGAUGUCACCACCAAGAUCGAGUGUGACUGGAAGAGGGUCAACUCCCUGGCCCACUACCAGGUGACAGAUGGUUCCUUAGUAGCCCUGGUGCCCAAACAAGUGUCUGCCUACAACAUGGCCAACUCCUUCACCUUCACUCGCUCCCUCAGCCGUUAUGAGAGCUUGCUCCGUACCACCAGCAGCCCUGACAGCCUCCGCUCACGGGCACCCAUGAUCACACCUGACCAGGAGACAGGCACCAAGCUGUGGCACCUGGUGAAGAACCACGACCAUGCUGACCACCGGGAGGGGGACCGUGGCAGCAAGAUGGUUUCAGAGAUCUACCUAACCCGUCUGCUGGCCACCAAGGGCACACUGCAGAAGUUUGUAGAUGACCUCUUUGAGACCGUGUUCAGCACGGCCCACCGGGGCUCAGCACUGCCCCUGGCCAUCAAGUACAUGUUCGACUUCCUGGAUGAGCAGGCUGACCAGCGGCAGAUCAGCGACCCUGACGUGCGCCACACCUGGAAGAGCAACUGCCUGCCCCUGCGCUUCUGGGUGAACGUGAUCAAGAACCCCCAGUUCGUGUUCGAUAUCCACAAGAACAGCAUCACAGACGCCUGCCUGUCGGUGGUGGCCCAGACCUUCAUGGACUCGUGCUCCACGUCGGAGCACCGCCUGGGCAAGGACUCGCCCUCCAACAAGCUGCUCUAUGCCAAGGACAUCCCCAACUACAAGAGCUGGGUGGAGAGGUACUACCGAGACAUUGCGAAGAUGGCGGCUAUCAGUGACCAGGACAUGGACGCCUAUCUGGUGGAGCAGUCUCGUCUGCACGCCAGUGACUUCAAUGUCCUAAGUGCGCUCAGUGAGCUCUACUUCUACGUUACCAAGUACCGCCAGGAGGUUCCAUGGCCAGCACAGGUGGUACUGUCAUGGAUGCUGGGACUUGUGGGAUACAGGAGGGUACCAAGUUCAAAUCCAGCUCAGGACCUGGCUGGACCACAGAGGGGUGGGCUGAGUUAUGAGAGAAGGACCAGCCCUUUGUAGGGCCUCUAGGGUCUGUAGUUUAAGAUGUCAGUUGGCAGGGGUUGGAAAAGUCUGGACUUUGUAAUUCAUGUUGACCAAGAAACUGGAUGUGGGCCAGAAAAGGGAGGGGUCAAGGGAUAACUGCAGGGUUUGUGCCCAAGCAGCUGGCAGGAUGGGGUCCAUUCCUGUUUCCCUGUAGGGGAAAGACUGGGUGGAGAGGCCUCAGGAUGGCGUGGUUAACAAGGGUCUUCAGAACCACCCAGUGGUCCUGGCAAGGAAGAGGGCAGGGGGAAGCUGCAGAGACCUGCGGGGUGGGAGGCCGGACAGUGUUAGGGAUGCACAUGAGAGUGAAGUGGGAAGGCUAGGCCCCAGCCCUGAGCCUCAUCUGAGUGGGAUUCAGGUGACGCCAGGCGCUUGGUGGGAGGGAGUCUGGCGCUCCAGGGAGGGACUGGGGCUGAGAUGUGCCUUUACGAGCCACUAGGUGGCACUGCAAGCCUUGAGCUGGGGCCCCAGUCGAGUGCCAGCCUCGCCCCACAGCUGAGAAGGCAGCAGAGCUCGCAGAGGGCUGCACGGAAGCCCACUGUGCCAGCGGAGUCCUGUGGGCCGGGAGUGCGGGGGGUCCUCGGGGCAGCCAGCCCCAGCACGGAGUGUGCGACUGCAACCGGGGGUCGGCUCCAGGACACAGACCUGGACAAGGCGGGGGUGGGUGGAACAGGUGGGUGAGGAAUGGCUCACUCUGGAGGGGCUGAUGGCGGCCUGGAGCAGAGAGGACAGUUCCGUAGGUGGAGGGGCGGGUUUCCCAGAGGAUGGAGGGUGUCCUCAUCCCUUUCGCCUCACCUGCCUUGUGAAGGAGGAGAGGCCUAUUUGGGCUUGUAUUUCAGUCCAAGGUCAGCUGGGAUCAAGGCAGAAGGGCAUGGCAGAGCGGCCUGGUGGAGGAGAGCUGCUCCCAACUUGAUGGUGGAGCAGAGAUGAGGGAGCAAAAGAGUGCCUCAGAGCCUUGCAGGCCAUGCCUGGCUUGCCUCUUCCCACACACCGCGCUCCUAACAGCAAAUUAGCUAAGAAGCCUAUAAUCCAGCUGGCUCCAGAGGCCCUGCCUGUGGUCGCAUGAGGCUGUAGGACACACUUAGAUAUGAAUAGAACAGUAGGUUUGUUCAGAGAUGAAGAGAUUGGAUCCCUGAGUGCAAGUAGGGGCUGCCCGGGAGGGUGAGCUGAGGCAGGCGGAGUUGGGAGAGAAGAGCCCACGUGGGCUAGUGGCCCUCCUCUGAGCCUGCCUAGCUAAGAGGCCCCC